UCUCAAACCUCUUUUUUUUUGAAGGGGGGGGGUGUAGUGUAAUCAGCGGGCUUUGCAACAGUCGUUGUGCAUUCAUGAGCAUUCAUGAUGUCUCUAUACACGUCAAUAUGAAACGGGACGAGGACAUGUGGGCCAAAGGAUUCAUGUGCUAUUUUCAAGCAAUGGGAGCAAACAGUGAAUGCAUCUCGAGCACCUUCGCCGUGUUCUAGAGACUCUUCGGUCAGCMCGGUACAAAGCUAACCGCGACGAAUGCGAGUUUGUCCGGCAAGAGCUUGAAUACUUGGGUCAUUUUAUCUCUCCAGAAGGCAUUCGUCCGUUGGCGGACAAGAUUCAAGCCAUCCAGGAGUGGCCCGAGGCGAAGAAUGUGACGGACAUCCGAUCCCUCCUCGGCUUGGCCGGUUAUUAUCAUCGUUUCAUCAAGAGUUACUCGAAGAUCGCGACCAACCUAAGCAAGUUACAAAGCGAGGAGCAGCCUUUUGACUUCGAUGACGAUGCGCGCCAUUCUUUUGAAACACUCAAAGCGACACUCUUAUCCGCCGAGGUGUUACAUAUUUACGACCCGCUUCUAGCUACGCGCGUCACUACCGAUGCGUCGGGCUAUGGCAUUGGGGUCGUCCUUGAGCAGCACGAUGGCACGGACUGGCACCCGGUCGAGUACUUCAGCAAGAAAGUACCUCCUGUGCAUUCGAUCGACGACGCACGGAAGAAGGAGCUUCUUGCCUUUGUCCACGCCGUCAAGCGUUGGCAAUAUUUCCUCCUUGGUCGGAAAGCAUUCCGAUGGGUAACGGAUAACAAUCCGUUGGUAUUCUACAAGUCGCAAGACACGAUUAACAGUACCAUUGCCCGUUGGAUGGCCUUCAUCGACCAGUUUGACUUUUUCCCCGAUCACAUUCCCGGGAAGUCAAACCGUUUUGCGGACGCCCUCUCACGGCGACCGGAUCUUUGCACCGCAGUCUACUCUACCUUCGAGAUCGACGACGACUUGCGGGAGAGCUUCAUCCGCGACUAUAAAGUCGACCCCCACUUUCGCGACAAGUACGCGAAUUGCUUCUCUCCGAAUCCGGUGCCUUCGCAUUAUCGGAUCCAAGAGGGCUACUUGUGCAUUCACGGGGUAAGGAUCUUCUUUGUGUGCCGAAUGAUGCACACUUGCGCACACGGCUUCUUGGCGAGUUUCACGAUGCGCCCGCCUUCGGACAUUUUGGUGUCAACCGUACACUUGGCCGACUUCGCCAGCGGUUCUAUUGGCCCGACCUUCUCAAGGACGCCACCCGCUAUUGUGAGUCGUGCGAAGUCUGUCGGCGUUGCAAGKCAYGCAACCAUCGUCCGUUCGGCGAGCUACACCCAUUACCAGUGCCCCUUGGGCGACGGGAAGCAAUUGCUAUGGAUAUCACCGGCCCCUUCCCGAAGCACAAGACGCGUUGAUGGGAUCCUCACGGUCGUCGACCGCCUCACCAAGUACGCCAUGUUUUUGCCUUGCCGCUAUCACGCAAAGGCACCGGAGUUAGCCGAGGUCUUAUACACCGGUUGGAUUCGCUCCAAGGGCUACCCCAAGGAGAUCGUUUGCGACCGGGACACUCGCUUUCUCUCCGACUUUUGGGUCGCCCUUGUCAAGCGAUGGGGCUCAUCUUUGAAGCCGAGCUCGGCUCGCCACCCGCAAACCGAUGGUCAAACGAAAAGGGCGCAUCAUACCGCUCAAGUCCCUCUACGCACUCUCAUCCGUCCCGACCAGGUUGAUUGGGUUGAGCGCUUGCCAGACGUUGAGUUGGCUUACAACUCAUCGAUCCAUCCGGCUAUCGGGAUGUCGCCAUUCGAGUUUGAGCAUGGUUCACCCAUCUCAUCGCCGCUGGACGCCACUUUGCCGCGCACAGCUGAGAGCGACGACCAUCGUGCGUUCCUUCAUCGCAUGCAAGAGCUUCCUGUCAAGGCACGGGAUCAGAUGUCGAAGACGCAAAUACGGAUGAGCCCCAACUUCAUGCAGCAAACUCUGGUGGUUCAUGAUAACGUCAACAAUCAAAUGGGCUGGAUGGACACAAACUGUUCUAGUUUUCAGACUUCAGACCAUCAGCCCUGACAAACUCUCGCAGCCGGAAAGUUAGGUAUACGAGGUCCCGCAGGCUUUUGUGCAGAAACACUGAAGUUCGGAUAGCGAUCUCAAGUCUGCAAACUGCUGCCGUGCGGAGAAUCGAAUUUCUUUUUCCGGGCAGCUUCUUUGGUACACAGAAAAUGUUUGGGUUCCCGCAUAACCUGCGAACUUCAGACACCGCUUUUGUGCAGAGCAUCGACGUUCAGAGGACGCUGUCGUGGAGAACGUCAUUUUUUUAGUUUAGGGUUUUGGCCCUUUUGGGGCAGUGCUAGCGCAUUUUGUACAGAAAAUGCCCGAGUUCGCAUAAAUUUGCAUAACGAAGCGUAACUUCAUUUUAAAUUCUAAUAUGAUAUGAUUUCGUAUGAAACGGUGUGCUGAACCCGCCAGCUUUUUUUUUUUUGUGUGUGUGUGCGCAAACCGCAAGUCGACUUCUGGCAUCCUCGGUGGAGGGCCAGGCUAUCACGGCGACGGCGGGUUUGCCGAUACGGGCAUUCAAAUGCUGAAAGAGGAGGGAGAACACUGUAGCGCCGGUACACAUAUGCAACCGUUGAUAAACAGGUCAUGGGUUC